CUUUGCUCAAAUUCUUGCUGCUACCUAAAAAAGAGCAGCGGGAAUAAGAAUUGAAUUAUUUCAUAGUUAACAUGUUGUCAGUUGUUGCUAAACUAGCUAAAGUAGCUAAAGGUGUCAUUGUUGAUAAAUAUGAGUAUCAACCUAAACCCCAAGAAGGUAAAGGUAGUGCUCAGCCUCAAUCCAAAAUGACAACGAUACCUACUUCAAGUCAAGGAAAGAUCCUUCCAAUAAGAAUGAAGAAGGUUUCUGAAAAAAAGAACAUUUCAAUGAAAAGAAGCAAGGAAGUUGGUUCCUAUGGUGAGAAUACAUCUCCUCGAGGAGACCAGCAUCCUUUCCAAAGGUGGAAAACUUUGAUAGGAACAAGCCACCCCCUCUCAUUAAUGGCCAUUGGUGAAAAAAAUGUACUACAAAGUGGGAAAGGAAAAGCCAUCCAGGUGAUCAAAAGAGAACCAGAAGUGGGAUUACUGGGCAUCACUAAAAAUCACACUCGAAUACAACCUUAUCCAUCGAAACAAGAUGACAUCUUCUUUGACGCGGCGGAUGUCUUUCUUGAAAAAUCUGUUGCCAGAUUUAGGGAAUCGACCUUUCAAGUAUGUAUUCCAUUAGCCAUUGGAUUCAUAAUUUGGUGGACUGCAUUGCCUGAGUUUGUAAUUGAACAGUUGCCUGAAUCCUGCCUUGAUCAUAUCUGGAUCAAGAUAUGGAGAAAGGUAAUGGGAAUAUCAACCGUAUUAAAAAAAGGUACCCCCGAUGAGAAUGGUACUAUAGGGGGUAUUCCCCUGACUGACCUGGUAAACUCGGAAUCAAAAGAAUACUUAGAAAGAAUAACCUUCGAUCCCCUGGAUAUCAAUCAAAAUCUAAACAGAAAGCAUACUAUUGCGGUACUCUUUGUUGCCUUUUUAGCAUUAACCUUGGGUUGCGAAGAAGCAUUGAAGAUACCAGUAGAAGAUUUGAUGAUAUAGUUGAGUGCAUUUUAUAACCCUAUCACACAAUGUUGUGAGAAUGCUUUCGGUCUAGAUUGAUAGAUGAGCUUUCCCCACUGUGGUCUCAUAAGGUAGUCAAGGGGCGGAGGAAACCCUUGACUGGAUUGAAUCCUUCGCGAUUCCCUUGUGGCUACUUACUUCGGGUCUCAGGCAGUGAGAUACUGGAGAAAGGUGGGGGAGGAUAGAAGGUGAAGCAGCUCCCUGGGAUUGAUUGUUGGGGGCUUUGAUCUCCUUAUUUGAAUACUUAUGUAGUUGGAUACUGAAGACACAAGCUAAGAAUAUUCGCUUUAAAGCUUCCGCAAGCAAAGGAAAACGCUGACCUUUCUUUUAGCUUUCAAUAGGAUUCAACUUACCACAUGUUUAAAGCACAGUAGGAAUAGUUCUCAAAUGUAGAUCAGCUUGCAUCACAUUACGAUGUUUUUAAGGGAAGACGAUUAGGUAGAGAGGUCAGAGGGAGGAGAAUUGCGAGGGGGAGGGAGGCU